AUGAAGUAUGAUUAUGAAGAGGAUGAAGGGCAGAUCUUUACAGAAAGAUUGAAGACUCUAAGGAACGUUGCAAUAGAUCUGACAAAGGAGAUUGAGGCACAAAACAUAAAACUUAGACAGUUGGAGCCAUCUUUCCAAUCGUCAUUGAACAAGAUAUUCACAACCAUCCAGAGCAUAAGAAGAUCCGACCCGAAGAGGUUUAGGUCAUGGCUGUACUUUAUUCUUGGAGGGAUGGGCCUUUCCUUUCUGUUCUUCAUUCUGUUUAUUGCUAGUUGA